AUGAGUGUUCCAGUGAUGGGAAUUGCACCAGAAUCUCUGGUUUCUGCUCAAAGUAUAUAUAAUGCUGCACUCUACUUGGGUAUCGGAAAUCAACUGACCAACAUUCUCAGAGAUGUGGGAGAGGAUGCAUUAAGGGGGAGAGUAUAUCUUCCCCGAGAUGAGCUUGGACAGUUUGGGCUAUGUGACAAGGAUGUUUUAUCAAUGAAGGUCACUGAUAGAUGGAGAGAGUUCAUGAAAGAGCAAAUUACAAGAGCAAGGUUCUACUUCAACCUUGCCGAGGAGGGAGCUUCCCAGCUCGACAAGGCUAGCCGCUGGCCAGUAUGGUCAUCCUUGCUAUUGUAUCGAAUGAUCUUGGAUGCAAUUGAGGAUAACGAUUACGAUAAUUUGACAAAGAGAGCCUACGUAGGAGGAGCAAGAAACUUCUCAUGUUGCCUCUGGCAUAUACCAGAUCUCUAUCGAGUCGCAAGGUUUUUUUAUAAAGGGCAGUGA